AUGCUCAUCCUCCAUCUGAUCGUCUGCUUUGGCCUCUUCUCUCCAAAUAUGGCUGCCAAUUACCCGGACUGGUCCCUCAAGCUGGACACUGGAACGGACGCAAGCUGUCCGGCAGACCACGUCACCUUCGCCUUGUCGGACGUCACCUAUGCAGUGCUCGACAAAGAAGCAACCGCAAAGAAGCUGGUUAUUACCGUGAAUAAUAUUGCCGCUGCGAUCGACGUGUUGGCAAUGAUGGCUCUCCGGCUGCUGAUCCCGCUCAUCCUGUUCUUCCCUUACUUGGUGACAGCGUUCUUCCAAAGUGUCUGGCUCUCUGAAAGCCAGCGUGGACGAUGCCCGGCCGACCACAUCACGUACGUGCCCUCCGACGUGGCGUUCACGUAUCUGGGGCCAGCGCUCGAAGGAACGCUGGCCACGCCCGCUCCCAUCGUCAAGCCCAACCGUAUUGACGGUAUCCAACCGUCCCAUGACUGGACACUCUUCGAGGGAUCGUCCCAGAAGACUACGUUGCACGCGAUGUGUCUCCGCAUAAACGAUGCAAACAAACUCGUUGAGACCACGGCCCGCGAUACGCUCAACAUUGGGUUUAAGUCACAGCGCUCCUUCCGCAACGAGAAGGCGCAAUAUCUGGACGGGGCCUGCGUGUUCAAGGCGUCCGUCCCAUUCCAACAGUCGAUCCGUGUCGAGCUGCAAAAUGCAGACUUCAACAUCAAGAUGACGCUGACGCAGGGAUGCCCGGACGGGCUCUGGGGCUACAUGUGCCAGGGGAGAUGCGAGUGCAACGGCGGUACUUGUGAUGUGAGGGAUGGAAUCUGCACGACGGCCGAACCGGAGAAGGACAUGUCCGCACUCUGGUACGUCAUCAUCGGCUGCGUGGUGGGCUGCAUCUUUUGCGUGAGCAUCAUCUUGGCCGCCAUCGCCGCCUUCAUCUACACCAAGCGCCGGAGGUCCCGCCGCGGCGGCAAGAACAAGAAGCGGAAGGACCGCGACCCGACCGUCACGGAAGAGACGACCGCCAGUGUUGAGGACACUACCGUUGGAUCCGUCGAGUGCCGGCGCCACCAC